AUGGUUAAUGUUCAUAAAGGAAUUCUCGUCAAGUGCGACCCUGCUAUGAAACAAUUUCUCCUACAUUUAGCAGAAAAUUUAGUUUUGGGCAAAAAUUUCGUACAUACGGAUUUAGAUGACUAUCAUUUGUUUAUCGACGCAGAUAUUCUUAGUAAACUUCAAGAAAAAGUAGAUGGUUUAAUGGAAAGUUUAUCUUUUCCAAUGACUGUUGAAAAUGAUUGAUUUUGUUGUUUUAUUUUUGAAUGUUCACUAUUCAGUUAUCCUACGCUUUGCCGGUUUUUGUAAAUGAGCAACAGUUGUUCUACUGUUCAUCAGUAUUCUGUGAAUAGCCUUAUUCCUUAUAAUCUAACUAUUUAUACCGUACAAUGUCAUAUUUUGUAAAUAACU